UGAGUGAGUGAUUCUUUUCAACGUGACGUCACGUGCGGCCAUCGUUGAGUGAGAUCGCACCAUACACCACUCACCAUGGCCACGGCUACCGGGCAUCGGAUGGAGUCGAACAGCGGGAUGGGGCCGCGCAAGACCAUGAUCAUCAUGGUGACGGUCGUCGGGUGCGUCGCCAUACUGUGGCCCAAGGUUUUCUAUCCCAUGAUGGUUGGCAACGGGCAGAACAAGAAUGUCAUCAAGGACCAUCGAGGAGCCGGUUGCUGCGGCGUAGUCUUGGACCAGGAAACGUUCGCCAACGCAUCGAUCAGCUAUGCCACCAGCCAGCAGCAGCAACAGCAGCAGGAGCAGAAUCUAUUCCGCAAGCGAAACUUUGCACCUUACGUCGACAUUGACAGUAUACGACAGGAACGACCACCUCACUUGCGACCAGAAGCAAUGCAUCCUGCAAUGCGCGAACGUGGUAGAGCGAUUCCGCAGGCCGGCUCCAUCCAUGGCGGCGAACGUCCCCAGACACCACCCAGAAUAGUGGAGGGCAGACCCGGUCCCAUACCUGGUAUGCGCCCACCUAUGGGAGCUGGAUCACAUCAAGCAACAAAAUCAGCCAACUCAAUGGGUUUCAUAAUGCCACUCUAUACCAUCGGUAUAGUUUCAUUCUUCAUCUACACCAUCAUGAAACUAAUCUUUAAGAAGACACCGGCGACACCGUAUGCGGAGGUUAAGCCGGAUCCGGCGUUCCGCAACGAAGUGUUUACCACCGAGCAGUACAUCAAGCGACCAGACGACGGUACGACGAAACUGGACCAACCGCAAGUAACGGCCGCCACGAAUGGCGAGCUCGUAGUUCCGGUUGCCGUUUCGUCGGUCAGUAAUGCAGUAGUCUCGGCCGAACCUUCUUCAGUGCAGUCUGAGCUUUCGAUUGACUACGAGCAGCUGUCAAAGCAGAAGGAAAUUACCAAACCUAAUGCGAGCAAUGCUCCCGAGCAAACCCCAUUGGACGACGAACCCGCAAAUCUGGAAACGACAGUGCAGGACGAGACUGUUGAAACAAGUGAAAUUGUAUCUGAGCAAAGUGCAGAAGAAUUCUUCAGCGAACAGCAACCGACUCACGAUCCCACUACCGAAAAGGUAGUCGAUGGAAUCGUUGUGCAAAAGGUUGUUGCAGUCGAAGAAUCUGCUGAGCUGUCUCCAGAAGCAACCUUGGAAAAUGUUGUUAAGGACAAACCCCAGGAGGAACACGACCUCAAAGAAGAUAGUGCAGCUACAAUUGCAGUAAAGGGCGUCAUUGAUGGCUUGUCCGAUAAUGGCGAAAGUGAAGUAGUCGCUCAACCUAUUAUCGAAGAAAUAAUCCUGGAGAAACAAAUUACAACACAAAACUCAGCUAUAUUACCCAUCAUCAUCCCCACUGACGACGUAUCAGAACAUCUUGAGAAAGAGCAGAUGGAAAAUGAAGUAUUGGUUGAGCCUGCUGUUGAAGAAGAAAUCCUAGUUCAACAAAAGUCAUCGCAAAAUGCAGCCAUAGCAUCCACUACGGACCAGGAAUCGAUCGCAGUAAGAUCGUUAGAUGAACCAGAUGCAGCUUCAUUUGUCACGGAAACCAUUAUAACUGAUGAAACGACGAAUCUUGAAACAGAAGAAAAUGUUCAGAACGAACUUGUUACGGAAGCCUUAGCCGAGGAACUUGUGGAACCAAUUGCUGAAAGCGUUUCUCCCAAAGAAAUAAAUGAUAACAUACAAGAACAGGCACCAUUGCUCGAAUCAAGUAAUAUUUCUGAUGAACCAAUCGUACAAUCGCCAAGUGAACAUGAAAAACAACCACAGAUUCCUGAAGAAUCCGCUUUAACUGCAAGUGCCGAACCAGCAUCGGAACAAGUGGUAUGUGAAAUUUCUGAAGUUAACAACACGCCGAUCGAACCUGUUGAACAAAAAGAGAAGCAAGAAUCGUAUGAUGUUACUUAUUCGAAACAAGAAAAUGAACAAUUUGAUAACGUAACUGAAGAAGUUACUGGAUCGGUUAGCACUGAAGCUGAAGGCGAUAAGGAGAGUCAAAAUAUUGUAUCCGAGAAGAUUCCUCAAAACGACGCAGCUAAUGCAGGAAACGAAUCAAAACAAACCGAUGACGAGACAGUUACGAAACAGCUGGACGCGAUUGAUCUGGACGCGGAUACAGCGGAUCUGGUUCACAAUACUGUUGAAGAUAUUACUCUUACCGCCGAACAGCUUGUGCAGGAGGUACUGGAACAAGCAGAGGAGCUUGCUAAACAGCAAGAACAAUACUCCGAGUUGCCAGAGUACGACCCUGCAACUCAAAAGCUCGUUGAUGGUGUUGUAGUAGAGCGAUUCGAUCAGCAAAACGCACAGCAAACGGAAGCUAUUGCGCCGACUGCGUCACAAGAAACGUCUGAUGAAACAACCCAUGUCACCGAGGAGCCGACAGUCGAUGAUAUGGAGCUAGCAGCAGUUGUUGAGCAAACACUUACGGAAGAGGAUGCUGGUGAAAUGGAUUCGAUAAGCGAAGAUACGUCAUUAAGCGUAGCAUCGGUUAUCGAACAGCAACCCAAGGCGAAAGAAUCAGAUGAUUCCAAAACCAUCUCGGAUGUGUUGCAUACGACGGAUGACACGACCGAUAGCACUUCUGGUGAUGUGACAUUAGUCGAGACAAAGAAUCUGCCAGUCCAUGAGGCGUUGCUAGCUGCAACGGCUGUAGAUCAAGUACCAAUUGAGGCAACCGAGCCGGGAAACAAGUUUGGUGCAGCUGCAGUUGAAGGUGAACAGGUCGAUGUUGUUAUUGAACAACAACCUUCAACGAAAGCAUCGGAAGAACCAGGUACCCUAUCGGAAGCUUUAAUUACGACAGAACUGUCGACCAGUUGCGCAUCAAGUGAGCCCGUUUUUGUCGAACUGAACGAUCAACCGACAGUAGAAGUUGAAACCGUACUUGAAGAAAUUAAUAUGGUUGUCGAGGCGGGAAACCUAUCUGGUGCAGCUGCACAUGAAGCCGAUGAUAAUAAGAGCGUUUCAAUUGAAGAAGUACAGGACGUAGCGGCCACAGUCGAUGAAGUGGUAGAAGGAAAGGUAAUUGAGGAGCAUAUCAUACGCAUAAGCAUCGAAAAAGCUAGCCUGCCCGAUACGAUGACCAUAACAGAGGUUACCGGUGACGAUGCGAUCGUCGAAUUGCCGAAUAUUUCAAAGACGGCCAGUAAUUUGCCUAGUCCUUCAAUCACAGCCGUCCCUGUGAUGUAUACAAUUGAUGAAAAGCAAGAAGCUGCUGAAGUAGGUCACGAAAAGCCGCACAAUCUGGAGAAGCACUCUGAAAUUCCACUCACCACGCUGGAGCACGUCACUAAGGAAGCUUUGGUGGAACGCACGCUAAAUGAAGCUGCUGCUGUAGUGAACGAAAUCGAAUCGAUCGUAGAUCAUAUCAUUACCGAAAAGCUUAUUCACAGCGGAACAUCCGAUGCAAUGGUUUCAGCAAAUGGUUUGCAAGAAUCCUCACCUCAAGAACCCCCCAGAUUGGCCGCUUCCGCUGCACUGAUCGUUGAAGCGAUCGAGUCGAAAUCAUCCGGUGUGCACAGCAUGGUUUCUAGUAGAGAUAGCACUCAAAACAUGCAGACCAUUACCGUCACUAAUGGGCUUACUACUAACCUGGACAAAACGAUUGGCGAUACUAAUCUACCCGCUUCCAGCGACUCCCCGCCAACUGAAUCACCAUCAUUCGCACCCGCACCGACACCAUCAUCUGAAGCAUUUCCUGUUCCCGAACCAACGACGAUGAGCCCUUCCGAAGUCGCACCCACACUUGCCAGUGCCAGUGAGACACAAAGUAUCAAUUUUGUCGCAGAUGAACAACGACUGUCCCAGCCCAACGUUGCAGCUGGUCCUGGUGGACCGGAUGCUGUUGAGCAGCGCAGUACCGUCGUCCCAGUCGCCGAUCCGAUGGGUGCAGCUACUUCAACUAUUGGCCAAGUACCGACCAGUGUCAGCAACGUUACUAAUCCCAAAUUUCUCACCUUGAAUCUAGCUAACUAUAGCACUAGCGACAGUAGUGGUAACAAUAGCAAAAGCUCGUCCUUGUCGAUAGCUAAUCUCUCACAGUCGGGCGCUUCGUUGGCUGGCGGCGACAGUGCCGAUCAGCUGAUGGAGCUCGAACUGUUGCGUAAAAAAUUGGACGAAACGGAACGUGCUAUGACUAAAAUAAUCGCCAAUAUGGGCAACAUACCAAAGGGCCAGGAAACAAACGUGAACGAGGAUGAACCCGCGACGGAAGUUAAAGAAACGGAAGUUAGCGCCGCAGAAGAAGACCAUUCAAAGGUGUCCAAUGGGCAUGCGAUUAAACCGGCCGAUAGUGCGACCGAUCACGAAUCAUCCGAAAAGGAAACGUCGGGCGGCGAAUCUUCUAGCGCCAAUAGCACACCCGAGAAGAAACCGAAAAAGCGCGAUACCAGCACGGAACGUGGCACUGUUAAGGUUAUGGCAAUGGAGGUGACGGCACAGCGCGAAAAUGGAAAGCGUCUCAGUCGGCCAUCGACGCCGCUGCUGCCAAUGGCAGGACAUUCAGAAACGGCAAACGCUCCUCCGACCGAAGAGCAAGAGACAAGGUCUAUUGUUCUUGAUGGACGAUUACCGCACGAUUCAAAGAUUCUGGUGUCCGAUGCUGAAACGGCUGUGGAAAAACUCGAACCGGAAAAUUCCGAGGAAGAGGAUGACGCACCGGUGAUACUGAGUGGCAAAAUGACAUUGUCAUUGAUCAACAUGGAUUUCAUCGAAAAGGAUGCAACCGGUACUGUUGCAGUUGGUGAAAUUGUAACGGAACUACACAAGCCCCAAGAAGAAGCACCUACGACAGCAUCGUCCAAGGACGCCGAAUAGGCAUGCGUUUCGUUCGAGAAACUGCAACAAGUAUAACG